AUGGUGAAGAUUGAGGAGUAUAUCAGCAAACAGUCCAAAGCCACGGAAGUGAUGGGGCCUGAUGCCAAUAACCUGACAGUGGAGAUCGAGAAUGAACUGAACAUCAUCCACAAGUUCAUCCGGGAUAAGUACUCCAAGCGAUUCCCCGAGCUGGAGUCCCUGGUCCCCAACGCCCUGGAUUACAUCCGCACGGUCAAGGUGUGUGCUGCUCCUGCCCGGCAGAGGGACAAGGGACUGGCAGCUGGAGAAGGGGAAGACGGACCAUGUACAUGCACCACCCCAGAAGCCCGGGGAGGAGGGGCUUUGGCUGGGCCCACUGGGGACACAGAACUGCCUGCCCUGCACCGGGGGCCCUGUCACGGCCCAGGCUGGGUGCCGGGGUCUGCAGAGCCCCCAGGAGGCCAGACGCGGGGGGGUUACCUGUCGUCCAUGCCCCGCAGGCAGCAGCUGACGGAGGAGGAGCUGGAACGCAUCGAGGAAGCCUGUGACAUGGCCCUGGAGCUCAACCAAUCCAAGCACCGCAUCUACGAGUACGUGGAGUCCCGCAUGUCCUUCAUCGCCCCCAACCUGUCCAUCAUCGUCGGCGCCUCCACUGCUGCCAAGGUCAUGGGCAUCGCCGGGGGCCUCACCAACCUCUCCAAGAUGCCGGCCUGCAACAUUAUGCUCCUGGGAGCCCAGCGCAGGACCCUCUCCGGCUUCUCCAGCACCUCGGUGCUGCCCCACACCGGCUACAUCUACCACAGUGACAUCGUGCAGUCCCUGCCCCCGGACCUGCGGAGGAAGGCAGCUCGUCUGGUGGCUGCCAAGUGCACGCUGGCGGCUCGGGUCGACAGCUUCCACGAGAGCCAGGAGGGGAAGGUGGGCUACGAGCUCAAGGAGGAGAUUGAGCGGAAGUUUGACAAGUGGCAGGAGCCUCCCCCUGUGAAGCAGGUGAAGCCCCUGCCAGCCCCCCUGGACGGCCAGCGGAAGAAACGAGGAGGCCGCAGGUAUCGGAAGAUGAAGGAGCGACUGGGGCUCACGGAGAUCCGGAAACAGGCCAACAGGAUGAGCUUCGGGGAGAUCGAGGAAGACGCCUACCAAGAGGACUUGGGCUUCAGCCUCGGCCACCUGGGCAAGUCGGGCAGCGGCCGGGUGCGGCAGACACAAGUCAACGAGGCCACUAAAGCCCGGAUCUCCAAGACCUUACAGCGCACGCUGCAGAAGCAGAGCAUGGUGUACGGCGGGAAGUCGACAAUCCGGGACCGCUCCUCCGGCACCGCCUCCAGCGUGGCCUUCACUCCACUCCAGGGGCUGGAGAUCGUGAACCCGCAGGCGGCGGAGAAGAAGGUGGCGGAGGCCAAUCAGAAAUACUUCUCCAGCAUGGCGGAGUUCGUAAAGGUGAAGAGCGAGAAAAGCGGCAUCCUGUCCAGCACAUGAGCCUCGGCCAGAGCCCCGCCGAGCGGGGAAGCAGCAGGAAAUGGCGGCGCUUUCGCUCUAACUUCUUCGCUCAGCCCGACCCAGCCCUUCCAGCUGCGCGGAAGCUGGGCUGAGUCAACCUGCUGGCCCCUGAACAUGGGGGUGGACCGACAGCGGGGCUCAGCGCAGGCUUGGGAGCUCUGAGAGUGAGUUGGGUGGGGGUCCCUUGCGGCGUUAACUGUCUAAUGUGUGAGA